ACUUGUCUGGAUGCCAUAUGUUCAUUUAUGAAACGGGUAAGGGGCUUUCAUCAUGAAGACUCUCCAAUCAUCGUCCACUGCAGUGCAGGCACUGGUGCAACCGGUACUUUUAUUCUAAUGGACAGCGUGCUGGACCAAGCAGAAGCCCUGAAGCAGUUGGACGUCUUCUCUCACCUAUGUGCUAUGCGACAAUGUCGGGCCAAGUUAGUCGAGUCAUUGGACCAGUACGUCUUUGCGCACCGCGCGAUCGAGGCCCUCUGUAAAACAUGGCAUUCGAUAAGCGUCAAAGACUUCAUGAAGCGAGUGCAGGAACUCAGAGUUACAAAUAGUGCUUCGAGGAAAAGCAUAAUUGAAGAGGAGUUUGAGGAACUCAACAGACCAAUAUAUCGACGUUGCGAAACCUACAACAGCGCCCUCAGCUACGGAAACGUCGGGAAAAAUCAAACACGUGACGUUCUAGCAGGCGACUCCAAACGAUUCCUCCUUUGCCCUCCGCAAGGUUCUGGUCGUACGGACUACAUCAACGCCGUAUAUGUUGAUGGUUACAGAAGCCGCAAUGCGUUCCUGGUGACUCAGUUCCCGAGACCAGACACGGUCGGAGACUUUUGGCAGAUGGUCUCGACGAGCAAGACAACAACCAUCGUCACUUUAGACAACUUGCAUCGGGCAGAUAAGAACUGCCCCAAGUUCUGGCCGGAAGUUCACCAGACUCUGAGAAACUACGGCUGCUCAGUCUGCAACACAGCGACGACGGUAAACUCUGGUAUCGUCGUGCGAACCUUUAGACUUGAUCAGAAUGAGCAACCUCCUAGAGCAGUGCGCCAGUUUCACCUGCAACAUUGGCCGCGAUCGGCCCCGGUGCCGCCAUCUUGUGACGUCAUAUUGAACCUCAUUCAGCAAGUAGAGGACUGGCAGAGUCGAUCGCCAAACACUGUGCUAGUCAUUCAGUGCACGGAUGGAUGUCUUGCGAGUGGACUCUUCUGCGCUUCAAGUAUCAUCUGGAAACGAAUGAAGACAGAACAAAUGGUGGAUGUCUUUCAAAGCGUGCAGACCAUUCGAAGAAGUCGAACAGAAUUCGUGCGGGAACUGGUCCAGUACCAGUUUUGCUACGAUGUGGCCUUGGCUUUCCUCGACAAAUUGAGCACCUACGCGAACUUCCAGUGACUGUGGGCUGUUCACUUAGUUCAUGAUGUUCUUCCGCUCUUAAAGAGUUUACCGCAUUGGGUGGAGGGUAUGAUUGUAAUACCCUUGUAACAUUGGCAGUCUCCAAUCAUCUUUGAAACCAACGGACACUGAAUAUGCGGUUAGCGCCGUCAAGCGUGUAACAUGUCAACCUGUCACGAAGCAUUGGAUGCAAUGAUGUUUGAAAAGUAGGCACGUCACUCUCUAGGUGGCGCUAUGCGCACGUUCUUUGGCUAUUGGUUCCAAUCAUCAUUGAAGACUACCCAUGUAACAGAGGCGUAAGUUGAGGCGUAAGAAGAGAUAAUGGACGGAGGGA